AUGCUACAAAUGCUAUGCAAGCACACCAAUAAUAUAAAUACGUCUAUAGCCAAUUCCAUUACAGAUUGGAGUAAUUUUGAGCAAUUUAUCAUAAAUAUAUCGCAGCCUUGCAAUUACAUGCUUAUCGCCUGCCGUUAUGCAGCAGCGGAUGUGAAUUGUAAUGAUCUAUUUCAUCCCGUUGUAACCGAUGAAGGUCUGUGUUGUGUCUUCAAUAUGGUACAUCCCUCUUUUCGUUAUAAUACAUUGUCUCAUUUGGAUAUGAAUGUGACGAAUAAUGAUGGAUAUGUGCCUGUCGAUUGGAAUGCGGAAUAUGGUUAUCCUGCAAAAUUACCUUCACGCUUUUAUCCACGCCCUAUUGCUGGUACAGGCGAAUCAUUAGGUUUGUCACUUAUCUUAGAUGCCGAAUCGGAAAAUUACUAUUGCUCAUCUUCGAACAGUAUUGGUUUUAAAAUCUUAAUGCAUAAUCCAUCCGAGUCACCGAAUAUGCGUGAGAUUGGCUUAUUGCUCGGUCCAGGACGCGAGACGAAAGUUCGUUUACGUGCCGAAAGAACAGAAUCAAUGCAUACACUCCGCACUAUGGCAAUGAAAUCUCGUCAAUGUAGUUUCGCAAAUGAAGUUAAAUUAAUCGUUUUUUCACACUACUCACAGCGGAACUGUGAAAUUGAGUGCACUUCACGGAUUAUGUACAAACAUUGUGGUUGCAUUUCGCACUUCAUGCCAAAAAUGUAUGGAAACGAAAGUAUUUGUAGUAUUUUCGAUUUGAAUUGUGUAGAAAGUGUACGUUUGGGUAUACUGAACGAUCGCGAUAUGUUAGAUUGUAGCAAUCAGUGUUGGCCGAGUUGUUAUGAUGUCACUUACUUUCCCGAUUUUUUUUCCGCACCAAUUUCUCAUCUGGGUUUUAAAAUAUCAAGUGAAAAAUUAAAUAAUUAUAGUAGUGCUUACGUUGAACGAAACAUGGCUGUGGUGAACUUAUAUUUUAAAGAGAACUCCUACAGAAGUAUUCUCCAAACUGAAUACACAGGCAUUACUGAUUUUUUAUCUAGUGUCGGUGGCAUUAUAGGUUUAUUUUUUGGUUUUAGUUUCAUUUCACUUGCAGAGUUCAUAUUUUUUGCUAUGAUACGCCCAUGGAAAACUUUGAGAAACAAUAAUCAUGUAAUUGAGGUUAAGAGUGCAGGAGGAAAUGAACAAAAUAUUAAUGAGUCAAAUCGAAAUUAUCGCAAUAAUUUUCAAGAAAGUUUUUCCGACUAUCAACACAAAUUCAAAAAAUUGUAUGUUAUACAAUCAUAUAAAUUACAAUAUGUUAGAAAUAAUGUUGUUGAAGUUCCCUAUGUCUCUAGCAGUAUGUACCAACUCUCCACUCGUUUUUUACCCAGUCCAGUGUCUGAUGUUUCUCAACCAAGACAUCUGUUUUCUUCCCAUGCGGCAUUUGUCUUCGAUUCUGCCUUUCACAAUCAGUUGCAGCAAUUCAUAUAUUGA